CACCAGAAGACGAUGUGGUCAAGCAAAAAUACAGGAUUACUAUUAUACUUUUGUCCUGCGUUGCAUAGAUACCUGUCAAAUUGCACAUUUAUAUUUUUUCUCAGGUCCAUACAACGUUUGCCUGCCUUCUGUGUGCUGUCCAACUUGUUCCACCAAAUGGUCCCCGAGCAUAGGUGACUUGCUUGGAUACAAAUACUGGCCAGCAACCGACAGCUGCAAAAUUAUUUUUAAGUUUGAUGUGUUCACAUCAUUCGAGCAAAUGAAAUUGGCCAGCCCAGCAUUAUCCCAGCAAGUAUUUAUAAAAAUGCUUGAACAUCGAUCGUUUUCCACAGGAAGGACAGGCAGAAUCUGUAGCGAUACCUUCCACAGAGUCUUUCGGGAGUUUGCCUUCUGUAAUUACAGACAAGAAGAUCUGUGCCUGGUGGAGCCCUUUAAAUGCCCAGCAUGCACACCUGACAUGCUGGCUAUUGCUGUAGAUGGCAAUAGAAAGCAUUAUCGCUUCAAGAAGUCCAGAGGGACAGAUGAACCGUCUCUAUUUGAUGGACUGUUCAUUGCCCAGGACAGUAAAGUGUCUGCCUUUGUCGACAAAAUCAGGAGCCAGAUGACGAUUAAAAGUGGUCGUGAUGUUUGUGGACCGGCAACAUUCACAGCUUGCAGAGAAACCUCACACAAGUCCAGGGCCAAGGUGGACGAGGAAGGCCUGCAAAUAGCUGUGUGCAGACAUGGCAUCUUGCUACAAGGCCUAAAUCACUACCGUGGUGAAAUAUAUGCCUACCCAAUGUUCCUGCAGAAGGAGCUGGCUGAAGUUGCGAAUGCAACAUUCUUUUGUAUGGAUGUUGCCUGCAGGUACUGGCCUUAUUUGGAGAAGAUGGCAGGCAAGUUGCCAGAGCUCCAACCACUUACAGAGAUGAAACCUUUUCUCUCUGUAAUGCACGCCAAGGCCCACACAGGCAAACUGCGAGGUGAAGUGGGGUGGCAGAAGCCAGGAAGGUGCUGGAAAUACUGUUGGCGAGGAAGUGGAACAGGUUAA